GCCUCAAAUGGCGAGGUUCAUCAACAAGGAGGCUUCGGUGAUCUCGCCCCGCAAAUGCUUGUUGGAGUUCAAGGAUGAGUUGGAGCCAGAUGCAGAACCUGGACGCCAACUCUCGUGCAUCUCCAACUGGUCAGAGGACAUGCAGCUGGAGUUGGAGGAGGUGAAGAGGCAGUUGAGCGAAGCGACCCAGGCCGCGAAUGAGGCAAAGACUCGCGCCAAAGCGGCUGAAGAAAGGAUGGAGAAAGAGGUGCAGGAGCUGCAGGAGCGUAAGGCCGCUGCACGUCGCUUGCUGGAGGAGACUCAGCGCAAGCGCCGCUUCAAGGAGGCCAAGCAGAAGGCUGAGGGAAGUGAGAGCCCUGCCGUGAAGAGCAAGGCUCCAUGGUUGGCUCAAGUCGCACAACAGAGUCAUGUGCGGCUUUUGCACCAAUAG